AUGACAAUGUUAGAAGAUUAUCAAAAGAAUUUUCUCGAUUUGGCGAUCGAAUGUCAAGCUUUGAAAUUUGGUUCAUUUACCUUAAAAUCUGGUAGAGUCUCACCUUAUUUUUUCAAUUUGGGCCACUUUAACACUGGUAAACUAUUAUCAAACUUAGCUACUGCCUAUGCUAUUGCUAUUAUCCAAUCGGACUUGAAGUUCGAUGUCAUUUUUGGUCCAGCAUAUAAGGGGAUCCCAUUAGCGUCUAUUGUAUGCGUUAAGUUAGCCGAAAUUGGUGGUUCCAAAUUUCAAGAUAUCCAAUAUGCUUUCAAUAGGAAGGAGGCAAAGGACCACGGUGAAGGUGGUAACAUUGUAGGUGCAUCAUUGGAAAAUAAGCGAAUUUUAAUCAUUGAUGAUGUUAUGACGGCCGGAACUGCCAUUAAUGAGGCAUUUGAAAUUAUUGGUGCUGCUAAGGGACAGGUAGUGGGAUCCAUUAUUGCUUUAGACAGACAGGAAAUUGUAAACACAGAGGAUAAGCAGGGUCUCUCUGCCACACAAACCGUUAGUAAGAGAUAUGGUAUCCCUGUACUAAGCAUUGUUGGCUUUUCGAAUGUAAUUACUUACUUAGAAGGUAGAAUUGGUCCAGAAGAAAAGUCCAAGAUUGAGCAAUAUCUUCAAACUUACGGUGCAUGA